CCCAUGCCAACAAGAUACAAAGCUCAACUUGAAUCGGAUGGCAUAUAUGCAUUCCAAACCGUACACGAAGAUCAGUACAUAAAAGAUCUCUUUACUGAACGGUGUUAUAAAACAACAGCUAUCUAAACGCUAAAAAUCUAUAAAGAAGCAAACAUUCAACUACAGAGAUGCCUAAUCCUAGAAUUUCCACUCAAGACUGGUAUUAUGAUGCCCCAAAUAAGAAGUCAACUGCCAAGGCAAAAGAACCACCGCCUGCAUCACAAAUCCCAGGCCUUAGCAAUUUUAUUGAAGAACCAAAUGAAAUGGAAGAAAGACAAUUCAGGAGAAAAUGGCUAAGAGAUACUGAUUCUAAUUACAUAAAACUAGCUAAAGGUGGUGGCAGAAAACAUCUUUUGGAUUAUAGGGAACCCCCAAGUGAAAAACCUGAAGAAGUUGGCUACCCACGUGUGGAUUGGUUUGACCACUACAACCCUGAACCUGAAAAUGUUGAAGAAUUUUCCUCUGCCCCACCCCCUGUGGAAAUGCCAAGGAGCAAACGAAUGAUGCCACGCACUCAACCGCACAGAGUUCUUCCAGAGUGGUACGUUCAUGAUCGCCGUGACGAAGAAGAAAAAGAACCUUUAAAUGAUCUUCAUGUUGACCAAUCAGGCAAAAAGAAAAACAUCAUAUCUUUUGACAACAUGUCAGCAUGGGAAAGAGAAGCAAAAGAUGAGGCAAAUGCAAGGAAUGGCAGGCAUGUGAAGCUUCCACCAUUACACAGCAAAGGGAAGCAGGAGAAGAGUAAAGCAUCUAAAGUCGUUCAACAAUUUCCAAAACGAUAUGCAACUAGAGUACCUAAAAUGGAUAGUGAGCCAGUUGAUUUUCGGCAUUUAAUGUCAAUGGGAUACCAGAGAGACUGGUUUGACGAUCAAAAUCAAAAGCAUGUAGAAGAAAAAAGGAAACUACAGGUAGAGAGACAGAAAAACGACCAAAAAGCCUCAAAACAAAUGAGGGAAGCCAUUGAAAUGAGAAAACCAAAAUACAAUGUCACAGAAGAUGAAGACAGACAUAUGUUCAAGCUGUCAAGAUUUCAAAAAGUUCAGCCUAGAGUAGAGAGUUUCCGCACCUGAGCCAUUUGUUUGUAAAUUAUAUAUGUACUAAGUUAUUUUAUCAGUGUAUCAUUCUCAAGGAUUCCUUUAAAUUAAAACAAUUUGUGGUAUAGAAGCUGCACUAACCCUAAAAACUGAAACAAAAAAGAGGUAAAUUCGAUAGAGUGCUCACACUAAAUCAGCAAAACAAAUACUAAUUUUUAGCACUAAAAAGUGAUAAUUAAACAAUAGAAAACAAAGGAUUCUGUAUGAAAUAGUACUAAUUAGUACUAUUUAAUGUUCACGGUUUUAGUGCGUGCACUCUAUAUUGAGACUAUAUUUUAAAUUGGUUUACUCAUAAUUUUUAUAGAAACUGCCAGUUUUAAACUUUACUACAUUUUGACUGUUUUUAAUGACUGACAUAUGUCAUAAUGUUCUCUAUACAUUAUAAGUUUCAAUCUUUUUAAAGUUUUAAAGUAAAAAGCUUCAUGCACAAAAGAGGAUUAAUUCUGGACAAAACAUCUAUACCUAGUUGCAAUGACAGGUGGACUUCCUAUUUUAAAACAAAACUUGUUUUGCCGCUCAGAGUUUCAAUAUAAUCAUGAACUUUCAUGUAAAUAAUUAUUGUGGAUUGGUAAACAUAACAUUCCAAAAGCAUUCAUAUAUUAAGUUGCUUUAAAAAUUGAUUUGAAUAUUACAGUAUUGCUGUGUUUCUGAACAUUUGGAUGUCAAAACCAAUCAGAGUCUCAUAAACUUUUGUAUAUAAUUUAUAGUGUUAUAAGAGUAUUUCCAUUAUUAUGGACGAUUUAAUAGUAUAAUUAUGAAAGAAACGAUGAAAAAUUGUAUUAUAUA